AUGGAUGCCGAACUCAAUGAAAGGAUGGAAAGGAUGGAAAGAACCCAAAGAGAAUUGCAGGAGCAACUGGCCAAGUCGCAGCAAGAGGCAAGAGAUUUGAUGGUGAGAUCUCGAGAGGAAUCGCUCGAGCAAAGAGAUCAAAUGACCAAAAUAAUGGAAAUGAUGAUGGCCUUGGUCAAAGGAAAGGGACCUAUGCAGAGCCCCGAUAUUGUAGAACCGCCUCAGUCAAGAGCUAAUCAAGAUCCACUUUAUCCCCCGGGAUUUACUCCACCUCAUGUCCAUACAAUGCAAAGAGGAUACCCCCAAAGAGAACCUACAAGUCUGGAACAACAUCCUACUCCAUCUGCUCAUUUAGGACAGGGAAUGUUUGUAUCGAACCCUGGGGCUAUUCCUUCAGAUCCAAUUGUUCCAGACCUAGAUGAUCCUGUAGAAGUAGCAAGGCUGAGAAUUGAUGACAAUAACGCUCAGGAUAAGUACAGGAUCCUGGAAGAGAGGAUCAAGGCAGUAGAAGGCGCUGAAGUUUUCUCUGCUUUGAGUGCCAAAGAGCUCAGUUUGGUACCUGAUUUGGUUUUACCCCCAAAAUUUAAGGCACCUGAUUUCGAGAAGUAUGACGGAACAAGAUGUCCAAAGGCGCAUCUGAUCAUGUUUUACCGAAAGAUGACUGGUUAUGUAAACGAUGAUAAAUUGUUGGUGCAUUACUUUCAAGAUAGUUUGGUUGGCUCAGCCCUUCGAUGGUAUAAUCAACUCAGUAGAGAGAGAAUCCGAUCAUGGAAGGAUUUGGCUUCAGCAUUCUGUGAGCAAUAUAGGCAUGUAUCGGAUAUGGUGCCUGAUCGACUAACCUUACAAAUGAUGGAAAAGAAGCCGACAGAGACUUUUCGGCAAUAUGCACAAAGAUGGAGGGAUAUCUCGGCUCAGGUGGAGCCUCCGUUAACUAAGACAGAGAUAACGGUCCUCUUCAUUAAUACUCUCAAAGCGCCGUUUUACGAUAAAUUGGUAGGAAGUGCCACAAAGGACUUCGCGGAUAUUGUAAUAUCCGGGGAGCUUAUUGAAAACGCCGUCAAGAGUGGGAGAAUGGAAGGCCCCGAGAGUUCGAAGAGGGUAGUACCCGCAAAGAAAAAGGAGGCAGAGGCUCAUAUGGUUGGAACCGAGAGUCACUGUACCCCCAAUUCGUACCCUGCCGAAUCACGACCUCAUUAUCGCCCACCUUCAAACUUCUACUUUCCUCCUCAAGUAAGACCCAUUCCUGAAAAACCUCAAUUCACCCCAAUUCCUGUGCCAUACGGAGAAUUAUACCCGAAACUGUUGGAGAAGCAAUUGAUAUCCCCACAUUACAUGGCACCCAUGAAGCCCCCUUACCCGAGGUGGUAUGAUCCUAAUGCUAGUUGUGUGUAUCACGCUGGGAAUCAGGGACACUCUACAGAAAACUGUGUGGCCUUUAAAAAGAGGGUUCAAGGUCUCAUCGAUGCUGGCAUUUUACGAUUUGAUGGUGUUAGCAAUGUGACGGAAAAUCCUCUACCUAACCAUACUGGCGGGAAUGUAAAUGCGGUGACAGAUGAAGACAGUUGGCAAGUCAAAUGUGAUGUUAAUGAAGUAAGAACACCUUUGAAGAAGGUAUGGGAGAUGAUGAUUGAAAAUGGCAUGCUAUGUCCGUCUAGUAAGAUCCUUAAAGAAGAAAGUACAAAAGACCAGAGUUUCUGUGAUUUUCAUGGCAUUGAAGAGCAUGACAUCCAAUCUUGCAGGGAAUUUAGAAAAUUACUUCAGGACAUGAUAGAUAACAAGGAGGUCAAAGUCUUUGAUAGUGUGGAAGGGGCCGAUGAGGGAGAAAUAUGUGCCUCUGAUGAUCAAUUGAUGGCUUUCUCUUAUAGUGUCGAUAGACCCUUGGUGAUUUAUUACGAGGUAAAGAAGGAAGAAGUUAGUCGAGAAGUUAAACCAAGUUUGAUAAUUGAAGUACCUGCUCCUUUCCCUUAUAAGGACAACAAGGCAGUGCCUUGGAAUUAUGAUGUCAAUAUUAUUGUACCUGAGGGUGAAAAGUCCAAGGUUGUGAGUGAAGGUGUUAGCGGAGUAGGGCAUUUUACUCGUAGCGGAAGAUGUUAUUCUCCCGAGACGAUUGAGCCAAAGAAGAAGGUUGCUGGUCCGAGCCAAAAAGGAAAAGCACCAAUGUAUGAGGUUGAGGAUGAUGUUGAAACACAACUUGAGCAGGAAGUUAAAAAGGCUGUGAAUGAGAAGGAAGCACAUGAGUUCUUAAAGUUUAUUAAGCACAGUGAAUAUAGCGUCGUAGAAUAAUUAAACAAGCAGCCGGCCCGAAUCUCGGUAUUAUCUCUAUUGUUGAACUCGGAGCCACAUCGAAAUGCCUUGUUAAAAGUGUUAAAUCAAGCUUAUGUGGCGAACAAUGUAUCCAUGGAAAAGCUUGAUAGGUGGGCAAAUAAUCUACAUGCAGAUAAUUUCAUCUCUUUUAGUGAUGACGAAAUACCGCCAAAUGGUAGGGGCUCCGUAAAAGCAUUGCACAUCACAACCAAUUGCAAAGGUUACAUAUUACCAAAUGUGCUCAUCGACAAUGGAUCUGCACUCAAUGUUAUGCCUUUGGCCACGCUUUCUAGGAUGUCGGUUGAUAUGUCUUAUCUGAGGCCUUGUUAUUCUACAGUAAGGGCAUUUGAUGGGACACGGCGAGAAGUCAUGGGAAAGAUCAAAAUUCCUUUAAAAGUGGGGCCAUGUGUAUAUGAUAUCGAGUUUCAGGUCAUGGACAUCACGCCUUCAUACAAUUGCCUCUUAGGAAGACCUUGGAUCCAUUCUGCUGGGGCAGUUCCUUCAUCUCUCCAUCAAAAAGUAAAGUUCAUCAUGGAUAGCCGUUUGAUUACUGUUGGUGGUGAGGAAGACAUCAUCGCAUCUAUCUCUACUGAUGCACCCUACAUCGAAAUAAGCGAGGAUGCGGUAGAAUGUUCUUUUCGCUACUUGGAAUUUAUCAAUGCUACAUUUGUUGCUGAAGGGAAUAAAAUCCCUAUUCCCAAACUGUCAAGGAAUACCGGGAUGGGAAUUAAGCUGACUAAAGAUCGAGAGAGAAGAAUCGCAAGGGCUUCAGGCCAGGAAUUGGGGUGGGAGCCGUUAGUGUAUCCUCCUUUGUUAAGAACAUUUACAUCAGCAGGAGUGAUGUACCCAGGGCAGAACAACUCGCAAGUCACAUUAUUGAUUGAAAAGGGUCUUCAGAAUAUCAGCCUAAAUGCUAUUGACAAUGAGAAUGAUGAAAUUAGGAAUGCUUCAAUGAUACGCCCUUGUCCUCCAGGAUAUGUUUUGAACAACUGGACUGCUGAGGACCUCCUUAUAGUUUUUAAGUCCCCUUCAGAGAGAAUUGAAGUCGACGAAAAUGUUGAAGAUUGUGUCUCGUCUCGACUUCUCAGAAUGGUGGAACAAGAAGAGAAACAAAUCCUACCCCAUCAAGAAUCUGUUAAGGUAGUUAACUUAGGGAACGAAGAAGAGAAACAAGAAGUGAAGAUUGGGACUUCCAUUUCAGAAAACACAAGGCAAGAUUUGAUCGCCUUGCUCCAUGAAUACAAGGAUGUGUUUGCUUGGUCUUAUCAGGAUAUGCCAGGAUUGAACACGGAUAUUGUGGUCCACAAGCUCCCACUGAAACCAGAAUGCAAGCCCAUUCAGCAGAAAUUAAGAAGGAUGAGACCCGAAAUGCUGUUAAAGAUAAAAGAAGAAGUCAAGAAACAAUUUGACGCUGGCUUCCUACAAGUCUCAAAGUAUCCAGAAUGGGUAGCUAAUAUAGUCCUAGUGCCGAAGAAGGAUGGCAAGGUGCGAAUGUGCGUGGAUUAUCAUGAUCUAAAUCAAGCAAGCCCUAAGGAUAACUUUCCUUUACCGCACAUCGACACUUUGGUGGAUAAUACGGCAAAGCAUUCUCUGUUUUCUUUCAUGGAUGGUUUCUCAAGAUAUAAUCAGAUAAAGAUAGCUCCCGAAGAUAUGGAGAAAACUACAUUCAUAACAAUGUGGGGAACCUUCUGCUACAAGGUAAUGCCGUUCGGAUUAAAGAAUGCUGGGGCAACAUAUCAGAGAGCCAUGGUAACGUUAUUCCAUGAUAUGAUGCACAAAGAAAUAGAAGUUUAUGUCGAUGAUAUGAUUGCCAAAUCUCGGGAAGAAAAAGAGCAUGUUGGAAAUCUCAAGAAGUUGUUCAAAAGGCUAAGAAAGUUCCAGUUGAAGCUUAACCCGGCCAAAUGUACAUUUGGGGCUACCUCAGGAAAACUGCUACGUUUCAUUGUUAGUGAAAGAGGUAUCGAGGUUGACCCAGAUAAGAUAAAAGCUAUACAAGAAUUGCCUCCCCCGCGUACACAAAAGGAAGUCAGAGGUUUUUUAGGAAGGUUGAAUUACAUUGCUCGAUUCAUUGCUCAACUUACCAAUCAGUGUGACCCAAUUUUUUGACUCCUUCGAAAACAUAAUCCGGGAGAAUGGAACGAGGAGUGCCAAGUGGCCUUCGACAAGAUAAAACAGUAUCUAUCUAAUCCUCCUGCUAGUACUGCCGACCCUGGAAAACCCUUAAUAUUGUACACGGCGGUGUUUGAGAACUCAAUGGGUUGCGUACUGGGGCAACAUGAUGAGUCAGGGAGAAGAGAAAAGGCAAUUUACUACCUCAGCAAGAAGUUCACAGAAUAUGAGGCAAAAUACCCUUCAAUUGAGAAGUUUUGUUGUGCAUUGAUUUGGACGGUUCGAAGGCUCAGACAAUACAUGUUGUAUCACACGACAUGGUUAAUUUCAAAACUGGACCCAAUAAAGUACAUGAUGGAGUCACCUGCACUCUCAGGGAGAAUGGCCCGAUGGCAGAUCCUAUUGACUGAGUAUGACAUUGUAUAUGUGAGCCAAAAGUCGAUAAAAGGAAGCGCAAUAGCUGACUUCUUGGCAAGUCGUGCAAUGGAGGAAUACGAGCCUUUGAGAUUUGAGUUCCCAGACGAAGAUUUGAUGUGCAUUUCAGAAAAAGAGGGCGAGUCAUCAAAAGGAAAGUCAUGGAAGAUGAGCUUUGAUGGUGCAUCAAAUGCAUUGGGGCAUGGGAUAGGAGCAGUCUUAGUAUCACCUGAAGGGGACCAUUACCCACUUACUGCCAGAUUGAAUUUCUUCUGUACAAAUAAUAUAGCGGAAUAUGAAGCUUGCAUCAUGGGACUUCGUGCAGCUAUCAAGAGGAAAAUCAAAAUCUUAGAGGUACACGGGGACUCAGCACUAGUCAUUUACCAAGUUCGUGGAGAUUGGGAAGUAAGAGAUUCAAAAUUAGUCAAAUAUCGCGAUCUCGUCGCAGAGCUAAUCAAGGAAUUCCAUGAAGUGACUUUUAACUACUUUCCACGGGAAGAGAAUCAAUUGGCAUGCCUAGCCACCUUGGCUUCGAUGUUCAAAGCAAACAGAGAAAAUGAAAUAAUGCCUAUCCAAAUGAGCAUAUAUGAGACCCCAGCACACUGUUUUAGCAUUGAGGAAGAGUCAGAUGGACGACCAUGGUUCCAUGAUAUCCUAGAGUACAUCAAGAAUCAAGCGUACCCUGAGCAAGCAAAUGAGAAUGACAAAAGAACAAUCAGAAGAAUGGCGAUUGGGUUUGUUCUUAACGGGGAUACUCUAUACAAAAGAGGAAAAGAUCAAGUGCUCCUGAGGUGCGUGGACGCUGUUGAAGCUAGAAAGAUACUUGAGGAGGUUCAUGAAGGGAUUUGUGGAACGCAUGCCAGUGGUUUCACCAUGGCCAGGCAGAUUAUGAGACUUGGUUAUUAUUGGUUGACGAUGGAAAGGGAUUGCAUUGGUUACGCACGAAAGUGCCACAAAUGUCAAAUUUAUGGCGAUAAAAUUCAUGCAGCUCCUUCGCCCCUUCAUGUCAUGACUUCUCCGUGGCCCUUUUCUAUGUGGGGCAUGGAUGUUAUAGGGCCGAUUUCCCCGAAAGCUUCCAAUGGACAUCGAUUCAUCUUUGUGGUUAUAGACUACUUCACAAAAUGGGUAGAAGCCACUUCGUUUGCUAAUGUGACGAAGGCUGCGGUCUGUAGGUUCUUAAAAAAGGAGAUCAUAUGUCGAUAUGGUCUGCCUGAAAGAAUCAUUUCAGAUAAUGCUUUAAAUUUGAACAACAAGAUGAUGAAAGAAGUGUGUGAGCAAUUUCAGAUAAAACAUCAUAAUUCUUCGCCCUAUCGCCCAAAGAUGAACGGAGCGAGAGAAGCCGCUAAUAAGAACAUUAAGAGGAUUAUUGGGAAGAUGGAGACAUAUAAAGACUGGCACGAAAAGCUACCAUUCGCCUUGUACGCAUAUCGCACCUCGGUACGGACGUCUACGGGGGCAACUCCUUUUUCUCUGGUCUAUGGGAUGGAAGCCGUUCUGCCUAUCGAAGUAGAGAUCCCAUCCCUGCGCGUCUUAGUGGAGACAAGAUUAGAAGAAUCAGAGUGGGUUCGAGCUCGAUAUGAUCAGCUAAACCUUAUUGAAGGGAAACGCUUGAAGGCAAUUUGUCAUGGACAGAUGUAUCAGAAAAGAAUGAUCACGACUCAUGAUAAAAAGAUGCGGCCAAGAGAAUUUCGUGAAGGGGAGCUUGUUUUAAGAAAGAUCCUCCCGAUACAAAAGGAUUUUCGAGGAAAAUGGUCACCAAAUUGGGAAGGGCCAUACGUUGUAAAAAAGGCAUUCUCAGGAGGGGCUCUGAUUCUCACUGAGAUGGACGGGAAAGAAUUACCCAAUCCAGUGAACUCAGAUGCUGUGAAGAAAUAUUAUGCUUAA